AUGGCUCGUAAAUUCUUUGUAGGUGGUAACUUCAAGUCAAAUGGGACUGUGGCCUCAAUCAAGAGCAUUAUCGACGGUCUCAACAAUGCAAAGUUGAACAACAGUGUUGAGGUCGUUAUCGCACCCCCGGCUUUGUACCUUCUCCUUGCGAAGGAGAUCACUGGAAACGGCGUUGAUGUUGCUGCUCAGAACAUCUAUAAUAAGGGAAACGGUGCCUAUACUGGUGAGAUUAGCGCCCAGCAGCUCAAGGAUGCUCAGGUCCACUGGGUUAUUCUUGGUCACUCUGAGCGUAGGAGUAUCUUUGGCGAGUCUGAUGAGUUCGUGGCCUCUAAGACCAAGGCUGCCCUUGAUGCAGGCUUGAGUGUGAUCCUUUGCAUUGGUGAAUCAUUGGAGGAGCGUGAGAAGGGAGUCACCAUCGAUAUCGUAACUCGGCAGCUUGCAGCUGUCGCCGAACAGGUACAGGAUUGGAGUAAGAUUGUUAUCGCGUAUGAGCCUGUCUGGGCAAUUGGUACCGGAAAGGUUGCUACCACUGCGCAAGCUCAGGAAGUUCACGCUGCUAUCCGCUCGUGGCUUAAGGAAAAGGUCUCCGCUGAGGUCUCAGAUGCUACCAGGAUCUUAUACGGCGGCUCUGUCACCGACAAAAACUCUAAGGACCUUGCGACCCAGCCGGAUGUUGAUGGAUUUUUGGUUGGUGGCGCUAGCUUGAAGCCCGCUUUUAUUGAUAUUAUUAACUCUGCUUAA